AUGCGUGCAAUUACUCUAUUACUUGCACUGCUGGUUGGCAAGUCAACUGCUGACCUUGAUGAAAAUCAACAUGUGGAAUGGGGCUUCUUUACGAACAAUACCAUCUACCAAACGACGGGGAAUGAGAGCAUUACGUACCCAAGAUAUGUUGAGCUUCGUGACGGCACGAUCUUGGCCACUGCUUCUUUGACUGGCCACUCCCCAGGUUAUUUCCCUAUAUUCGAGAAUCAAGUCAAUGGGUGGGGAAUGAGCGCGCAGCCGGCACUCGCAGAGUUGACAAAACCAAUCGGAGAUUACAAAGCAGGUACCAUUCUAGGGACAGGCAACAGUUGGAGCGAUAAUGGCACAAAAAUCGAUUUGUACGCCAGCAGCGACAGAGCGAGGACAUGGGAGUUCGUCAGCCACAUCGCUGAAGGCGGACGACCCAAUACCACGAACGGCGCAAACCCAAUAUGGGAACCAUAUCUACUGCAAUAUGAAGACCAGGUCAUUGCAUACUACUCCGACCAGCGUGAUCCAAAGCAUGGCCAGAAACUGGCCCACCAGACAUCGCACGACCUGAAGUGCUGGGGCCCCGUCACUAAUGACGUUGCAUACGCUCUCUAUGAAGCGAGACCUGGGAUGACAGUUGUGGCGUAUAUACCGCCUGUUAAGAAAUGGAUCCUCGUCCACGAGCGCCCUAUUGGUAAUUCAUCGUCGUAUGGCGUGAACUAUCCUGUAUACUAUGUGAUGGCGGACUCGCCGUUGAGCUUCGGCGAGAAUGAGGGCCAAGCAAUCGUCAUCAACAAUACUACAGCACCGAAUGCGAGUCCAUAUGUGGUCUGGAGUCCAGCCGGCGGUCCUAUGGGAACAAUUAUCGUAUCCGACGCUGAUCGACGACAGGUCUAUACCAACCGACAUGGUGGCGCAACAGACAGAUGGGAGGAGCAUGCUACACCUGCGGGAGCGGUGUAUAGCCGUGCGAUCCAGAUUUUCCACGAUUAUCCUGACCAUCUCAUGAUUUAUGGCGGGGAAACAUACGAUGAUUUUAGUAAGCACUUACACACGCCCUUCUCGGCAACGGUAGUGAGCUUGUAUGAUGUGUUGCAAGCACCCGCUGCACAAUGA